GACAUAAAUUCCAUCUGAACACCAAGACAAAGGAGGACCCAACCACAACUAUUCACUUGCGAGCGCUCUUGGUUACCGCGCACAAUACUUCAAGCGACAUCUGAAGAUAUAGCAGCAGCCAUGGCAGAAGGUAUGGCCUCAAAAGCGCAGUCGAAGGACCUCUUCGACAAGCUAAAGCGAGAGCCCGCAAACAAGAUAUGCUUCGAUUGCCAAGUUCAAAAUCCGACAUGGACCUCUGUGCCAUUUGGAAUAUAUCUGUGCCUUGAUUGCUCUGCUCAUCACCGCAACUUGGGAGUGCACAUUUCAUUUGUGCGAUCUACAAACCUCGACCAAUGGACUUGGGAUCAAUUGCGGAUGAUGCGAGUCGGUGGCAACGAAUUGGCUAGUAAUUCCAUCCCCAAGACAAAGGACAUCAAAACCAAAUACACAUCAAAGCAAGCGACGGACUACAAGACCAAAUUGAAGGAGUUGGCUGAGGAAUACAUGGCAAAGCAAGGAACAAACAUAGUGACCACGGAUGGCCUCAAAAAGGAUGCACCCACCCAAGGCACGUCAACACCCAAAGGCGAUCCUAGCAAGGCCUUCUUCGACUCCUGGGCUGAGCCAACGAUAAAGCGACCAACGCCCCCCAUAUCCCGCACGGCUACACCUCCUGUCGUGGGCCGUACCCCUUCUCCAUUUCUCAAUGCUGGCGCUUCGAAUGGCAAUGGCAAUGGAAUCGCACGAACUGCCUCGCCUCUUGCGAACGCAGCACCCGUGGCUAGCCGUACCACUUCGUCAGCGGCAUUGCGCAAGACUACAACUGGUGCUCCACGGAAGGCAAAUGUUCUGGGGGCUAAGAAGACAAAGCUGGGUGCAAAGAAGGUCACCGGAGAUGUCAUCGAUUUCGAUGCGGCGGAAAAGAAGGCAAAGGAAGAAGCAGAGAGAAUCGCGAAAUUGGGUUAUGAUCCAGAUGCUGAGGUAGAUUCGACUCCAAAAGCAGCCGCUACCAAGACGGCCGAUCUUCCAAAGAUCGCAUCACCAAGUCCAGUCAGCCCUGGCAGAUCAGGCUAUGGCUCGAAAACCCACGAGCGUACGAAUAGCGAGCUGGAGCGACUCGGUAUGGGAAUGGGACGACUUGGAUUUGGACAAGUUGGAGGAAGCAAGCCAGCUGCUGCUGCGCCCAAGAAGAUGGGUGGAUUCGGAUCUGUUGGUCCUAUCAAAGCCACGCAAGAAGACGAUGAUGAGAAGUAUGCCCGUCAAAAGUUCGGUGCUCAGAAGGGCAUCUCGUCUGAUGAAUUCUUCGGCAAGGGAGCCUUCGACCCAAAUGCACAAUCAGAAGCAAAGUCACGGCUGCAAGGCUUCGAAGGUGCUACAUCCAUCUCUUCGAAUGCAUACUUUGGUCGGGCCGAGGAUGACGCCCCAGCGGAAGACUAUGGCGAUUUGGAGAGCGCUGCUAAGGACUUCGUUCGCAAAUUUGGAGUCACUGCAGGUGAUGACUUGGAGAACCUUACUCAGGUCUUAGGGGAGGGAGCUAGUAAGUUGCAGGGAGCUAUCAGGAGUUACUUGAACAGCUAGACGAGAUGACCUUGGCCAAUGUUAAGAGCAUGUAUUCAUGCGAAGCAAGUCAAGCGGGGCGUAUGGGAACUAGAGAAAGAUUGUUGGCAAUGUAGCCAUGGAUGGGGUGCAUAUACAAUGGCAGCACAGGAGAGUCAUGUCGUAUGAGGCAGACUGGGCCAUAUCUGUUUUCUGGUGUUUGAGUUGCGGCAUAGAUUGCGGUGCUAUCGAUUUUGGCAAUUUAAUUCAGAACACCUCCGAUCUCCAUGUCCGUGAGGAGCCACUAUUGAUCUCAAUGUUCAAGCAUACGCCUACGUACGUUUCAAGCGCCC